AGUUAGGAAUUGAAUUAGUGAUAAAACCAACUUAACUUUACCUGGGUUGUUGUCCAAUGAAAGAAGCAGUCCUAGCCCUUCGAGAUGGAGCAGCCGAGAGAAAAGUCAUCGUAAAACUCACCGACAAUCAACUUAUUAUCAACGAUAUUAUUCCCGAUAAUUCUGUUUCGCUUAAUAAACCAACUAACCAAACAAAUUCCAUCAGUCCAGCGUCUUGUGUCACACCAACAUUUUCUAGACAGACCACUGCUUCAAUAUCUUCAACAGAGUCAGGAUCUCGUGGAGCUUCUAAAGAUACAUCAGAUCCUCUUCUAUCAACAGAUCAAACUAAUUCAACAAUCAUGCCUACUGGAAGCGAUGUGCCAGGAGAGAGAGUCGUAAAAAUUAAGCGCCAACCAGGUGGUGGACUUGGCAUCAGUGUAAAAGGUGGCGCAGAGCAUGGAAUACCUGUCCUUAUUUCGAGAGUUUUUCCAGGCCAAGCUGCUGACCAAACCCAUCUUCUCCACCCCGGUGACGCCAUACUUGCUGUUAAUGACAAGAGGGUUGACCGUAUGAUGCACGAUGAGGUCGUUUCGGAACUCCGACUUUGUGGGGCUGAAGUCGCUCUUACAGUCCGUGCUUUCGACGGAGCGGGUCACGUGCUUCGACCUUCAGUGUCAUCGGCAACUCCAAGUAAAAACUCUACAUCGUCCGACCAGCCGCCCACAAACAAUGAAAAUAUUCACGAACAUUCGAACGAGAGCGCGCAAGACGCGAUCGAACUACGCGCUGUUAUUGCAGACGCGAAGCACCGAAAUUUCGGCGACGUCCAAACGGAUCCAAACAGCAGCACUCACUUGGAUUACCGCAACGACCCUAAUGCAAGCACACAUCUUGAAUAUUCAAAUAACGAAGGAAAAGAAAAGAUCUAUGCACUCGCGUUCGCAAGAUUGGAACGCUACAUAAAUGGCACAGACCAAAGCAGAAAUAAUUGCUUCGAAGUCAUACCACACGAAGGCGAAUCUACAGGGCUUAUAAUUUGCUCGAAUAAGAGUGAGUUAAACGAAUGGAUAAGCUCGGUAACCGCGACUAUUCAUAAAGCAACAAUGUCUCAGACAAAUGACUCUGUCACCCAAGAACGCAAAGUGUCUACACAAGGCUGGUUAUCUGAACGUUCAAAUGAAGCCAACAUCACUGAGAGAUGGUCGCCUCGCUUUGUUGCUAUCAGAGUCGAUAAGAUUUAUAUCUUCGACACCCCGCCUGAAUCCGAACUCGAUUGGGAACAGUGUUCCCGAGUUUUUACACUGUACGAAUCUUUGUGCAAAUCCCACUUACCACCCAGACAUUUGCUGGACAAUAGGGAACACUGCUUGAGCAUUCAACAUAGCACGAAACCUCCAAUCUAUUGCAGUGCCCAGUGUAAAGAUGAGAUCACGCUAUGGGAGGAAAGCCUACAGAAAGCGACCCAUGAAGCAGUGUACAAGUUGCAGAAGCAAAGUUACGAGUGCGUGUGUAACAACCGAAAGUGUGAAUUCAUCAUUCAUUUUAAUCACGGCUUCAAACUAGAGGAUAGUGUAACACAGGAAACAUUGUGGGAAUAUAAGUUCUCUCAGUUAAAAGGUUCAUCUGAUGAUAGAAAAACACAAAUCACAUUUACAUUUCAAAACAGAACAACUGGUCAACUGGAUAAACAGUCCUUCACAUCAGAGCAAGCAUACCCCCUUCUGUUCUGUGUCCACGCUUUCCUUGCUGCUAAACUGGCGCUUGUGGAUCCCGGGUUUCUUAAAAAAGCUAACAGUGCGCAUGCGCAAAACCAUCCGACGCCAGCGGCACCAACUCUUACCAACGGAAACGCGGAACUUUCUUAUUGAUGACGUCAUUAUAGUAAUCGGUGACGUCAUCACGGGAGUUGAAAAACCGUGAUUUUUAAAUUGAUUUGAUCAAAAGUUAAUUUAAAAUGGCGUUUACAUCACAGCGUUGCUCAUUUUUUUCAACUUCAAAUAAUGUAGCAAAUUUUUACAAUUUUUUUUGUUGCGAAUCGCGUUUUUGUGACGAAUGUAUACGAUCCGUACGCUGUAUGUAAACGCCGUGUUCCCGGCUUAUGUUCCUGCAACGCAAUUUAUGGUUUGUAGUUCCGAUGUUACUAUUGUAUAAGAGCGGCAUCCUAUAUCCUGUAUAUGAACCAUUAGUGUGGUGAGCAAUCGAGUGCCAAAUCUGCCUUUUUCUCAUCGUUAUUUACCAUAUAGCGUGUUAAUUUCUAUCUAUAAUUUCAGAAUUCUACCUAUCAUUUUAAUGCUACGAUUUGAACAUUUCUAGACUUCACGUUAGAAAUUAAUCUGUAAAAAAACGGUAUCUGUACAAUUUAUAUACAACUUAAUAGCAACAUAUUAUAAUGGCCACAACAACCAACAUUUUAAUUCUAUUAGAAGUCCCCCAUGUACUAUCUAACUAUCAAAUUUAGGUGUAACACAAUCAUAUACACUCAAUCUGUAGAAACAUACAAGGUGCUAAUGCAAAGACGCGGCCAACCGAAACACCUCGCGUUAAAACCUCUUGCUAUCGCCUCUAGAACGCUGGAAUAUUGUGGGUGAUGCUUUUGCAAAACCUGCGAUUCUUCAAUGCGUUCCGAGGCAUCUCUCGUUCGAAUGUUCCUUAGUUUUUAUCCCGUUUUGAGCUCUAGGCUCAUGCAAAUAAUGUGUAGUCACUUUUCGCCAUCGUGUAUUGUUUAGACCGCGGCUGGUCGAACGGUGUAUUGUAUAAUUGUGACAGCAAUAAAUUGGUGUCAUGAACU